AACAUGUGUUUUUUUCCCCUGUGAGAAGUUUUCUUUUUGUCCAUUUUUCCUUUUAAACCCGAAGGCCAUGCUGAAGAAGCUGCCGUGGAAGGCCAAAAAGAUAGAGAAGAUAGAACUCACUCUCUGGGAGGUCGAAGAGUACACGAACAGGAAUGCGACAGACGUCAAGUACCUCUAUGUCUUCAUGACCUUCCUCGUAAUCCACAGUUUCGCUCCGUUCCUCGCCUUUACCAUGUUCCACCGUGACAUACCCGUGGACGGGAGCAACUACCCCGAGGUGUGCGCCGUCGCUUGUUCGAUCCCGUUCGUCACGAAGGCGAACCAGACUGCCUCCUGUCCCUCGGGCUCUGAGUACAUCUUCAACACGAAAGGGAUCCAGUUCGAGGGGGAAAUCAAGAUCAACGUCUCCUCCCCUUGCAUACAGGACUGCUUCCGACUGGCUGACGACGACGCCUUUUUGAACUUCUGCUCGGACAAAACCGGCGAAUCCGUCAGGAAGCUGGUCUCCAAGUUGAAAAUGGACGACCAACUCAUGAUCGUGAAGCUUUUCUACAGAAAUUUCACUUUCAGCCUGAUCUUCCGAUUAGUCGGCUUAGCUUUCAUCUACAUGUGUUUCAUCCUGUUAUACUACAAUAUUAAAAAGUUUGUUCCAUCCUCCGUCGUUUUGUACAUCAUUCUCAACCUGGUUGUGACUGUUUUAAUCCUCGCCUGUCUCGUAAUAUUCUUUAACCUGAUACCUGAGAUAAGUUUAAAAGGGAUUUUGAAAGUUGAGAGCAUAUGUCGCAUCGUACCUGCCUCCCUGCUUUUCUGUUCUUUAGUGUACACAGUAUGGAUGUUGACAUGGGCGAGGAAGCUGAUGGCCCUGGCGGCGGUAAUGUUCAAAAUGGUCCACCAACCCAUCGCAAGCUUGUCGUGCCUCCUUGCCCUCAACGGAAUCGCGAUGCUGUUCGCAGGCAUAGUGAUCAGCCUCGUGCACAUACUGAUCGUAAGCUACUACAGCUGCGGUGUACUCGUCGUGGCGGACGGCCAGUUCCACUACAGGAAGUCGUCCGUCCUUCUUGUACUUGGCGGUUUCCAGGUCGUUUUCGCCUGGUGGAUACUCUUCUUCAUGAAGGACCUUUUGGUCGCCGUGGUCGCCGGUUCUGUCUCAAAUUGGUAUUUCACCAAACCCGAGGUCUUCGAGACCUGCUCACGUCUCUCUCCUGUGACGGCCAGCCUAUCGGUCAUCUGCAAGUACCACCUCGGUUCGAUAGUCGCCGGUUCGUUCUUCCACGCUUUCGACUAUUUCAGAGUCGCCCUCGUGGGCGCGUUCUUUUUCACGAGGUCGAAACGAUGCCUAAAUAAAAAUUCUGGUAAAUGCCUCGGCUACGUCUACUCUGCAACCGGAUACGCCCCGUACGUCAUUACUGUGGUCGCCGGUUUACCAUUCUUCGAGGCAGUUGAGAAGUGCCAUGAGCUGAUGUCCGGCGUCUCCCAUCUGAGAAAGUCCCUCGUCCCAUUCUUCUUCGUCUACAACACUCUCAUCGUGAGCACGUACGUCGGCGUCUCGAUGCUCUUCUUGCACAAGGUGCGCGGCCUCGAAUUCUUCUACCCGAUGAUCGUUUUCUUGACCUUCACCAGCUUCCUCGUCGUACGUCUCAUAUCGGCCUUCUUCACGGCUGUACUCCUCAGCACCCUCGUCUCCUUCUUGGUCGAACAGGAGAAUGGCGAUAAUAUCAAAGGGCCGAUGGUGAAGCCCUUCAUAGAAAUGGGAAAGGCCAUCGCAGACAGGCCUUACGGUUACUGCGCCAAGAACACAAACCCUCCAUAGAUUAGUUUCCUUUUAGUUUAAAAUUGAAUCAAUAAAACUAUAACACAAAACAUUAUAA